AGUGGCUUCCCAUCGGAAGAGGGUAGAAUACGGACCGACGCCGGAUGUUGCUGUCAGAUCGGAGUACGGUCGUCUGUGGCUGGCAGGCGGGUUGCGCAGGCGCAGAGAGCCCGGGUCCCGCCGGUUGAGGUAGCCGCAGAGCGGGAUGCGGUGACGGCCCUGAGCGACCAUGGCAGCGGCAGACGAGCUGGCCUUCCACGAGUUCGAGGAAGCUACCAAUCUGCUGGCCCAGACCCCAAAUGAGGCCACCACCAGAGGUGAUCAGCUGGUCCCCCAGCGGCACGUGGCUGUGGCCAUGGACUCAGGUGGCAGCUACGGAGCUGAGGACGAGGUGGAGGAGAGUGACAAGACCGCGCUCCUACAGGAGGAGAAGCAGCAGCCUGGUUUCUGGACCUUUGGCUACUAUCAGAGCUUCUUUGACGUGGACACCGCACAGGUCCUGGACCGGAUCAAAGGCUCGCUGCUGCCCCGGCCCGGCCACAACUUUGUACGGCACCAUCUGCGGAGUCGGCCAGACCUGUAUGGCCCCUUCUGGAUCUGUGCCACACUGGCCUUCGUCUUGGCCGUCACCGGCAACCUGACCCUGGUGCUGGCCCAGAGGAGGGAUCCCUCCAUCCACUACAGCCCCCAGUUCCACAAAGUGACCGUGGCCGGCACUGCCAUCUAUUGCUACGCGUGGCUCGUGCCGCUGGCGCUGUGGGGCUUCCUGCAGUGGCGCAAGGGUGUCCGGGAGCGCAUGGGGCCUUACACCUUCCUGGAGACGGUGUGCGUCUACGGCUACUCCCUCUUUGUCUUCAUCCCCACUGUGGUCCUGUGGCUCAUCCCUGUCCCCUGGCUGCAGUGGCUCUCCGGGGCCCUGGCCCUGGCCCUGUCAGCCGCGGGCCUGGUGUUCACCCUGUGGCCCGUCGUCCGUGAGGACAGCCGGUUGGCGGCUGUGCUGCUGCUCUCCGUGGUGGUGCUGCUGCACGCUCUCCUGGCCACGGGCUGUAAGUUUUACUUCUUCCAGCCGCUGCCUUCGGAGCCCGCGGCACCUCCCCACCAGGCCACAUCUCAGCCCCCAACCGUACUACUGUCACCGCCCCCGCCAAGGUCCGCAGCAGCCUAGGAAGGCUGGAGCCCGCAGGAGUUUCUCUCUUUCAGGCCCAACAUAAGGGGGCGCCUCUGCCUGCCCUGCCCCCCAGACGGUGACUGAAGGCUCCCCUGAGACCUCGAGAUGAUUUUGCUACUUUCCAGACUUUUCUUACAAAGCAAACACUUUUAUUUUCUAUGCAAAGGUGAUUCAGAGAAUUUAUAUAAAGGCGGGAGAGGGGCAGAGCAGGGAGCUUCCAGGGCAGCCAUUGCCCCACAGGCCACCUGCCAGGAUGGGCGGGCAGCGCAGGGGGCCACCCCAGCCUCGGCUGUGCCUGCUCUUCCUGGGGGACCCAGUUAGUGGGCCUUGGGCCUAGCCUGAGCUCCACCACAUCCGAGUUUGGGGUGUUAGAAACGGGGAGCAGAAGUAGAAGAAAAUUGCCUGUGCUGAAACAUACAUUUCCUUCUUUAUUGGUUUUUUUUUUUUUCUUUUCUUUUUUUCUUUUUUUGGAGAGGUCCCUGCAAGGCCCCUUCCCAGGCUGGGGAGGGACCAAAAUGCCAUCAUAGUAGUAGGGACUGGAGCAUCUACAAAUACUGAAGGGGAUACACAGGCCUAACGUUAGCUACAAGGAAAAAGGAUGCCUUCCACGACAGACCCUUGAGGUUUCUGUGUCUGCUCAAGCGGCUGACAGUGACCUUUCCCUCCAGGCCCAGGGCCCACGGGGCCACCUGUUCUAGCUCUUGGUGUGGGUGUGGGACCUGCAGGGGCUCAGGGACAGGACAGCAGCAAGUGGCAGGGGCCGAGGACGGAGGGCCUUCCCGACAGCCGGGUGGGUUGUACAUUCAAGUGUGAGGUGAACCCUUUGGUGGGAGGGGGCCGAGGGGCUCCAGAGGCCUGGCCCCACCCCAUCCUGAAGACUCGGCAGGGCUGCCCCUCGCCACCGAGCCUCUGAGUUGGGGAGAGGGGCUGCUGGCUCGGCCCGGCCGGCCUGAUGUCUCGGAGGGUCUGUGGAUUGACACUGGUUCUUUUCGUAAAAAAAUAAAAUUAAAAAAAGCA